AUGCUGGCGCUGAAGUUUGUUCUCCUUAUUUUAUGGUGUUUACCGCAGUUUCUGGUAACAAAGAUCUCAGUUGCGUCUGCUACGGUGGGCAUGAUUAGCACUCUGGCGCUGUUACUACUUUCGCACUAUGACCAUGCACGUUCCCUGAAGCCUUCGAGUUUGAUCUGCCUAUAUCUUCUGGGGAGCAUCAUAUUUGAAAUUGCGCAAGUACGGACUUUGUGGUUGUUCCAUCCUAUAAGCUACUCUCUCGCGGCGACAGUCACUGCUGCUCUCGUGGUCCGGUCCCUGUUACUCGUAUUGGAGACGAGCGAGAACAGAGAAACUCUAAGCCCUCAACACGGCCGUAUUUCUCCAGAAAAUUUCACCGGGAUCUUCAGUCAGAGUACCUACUGGUGGCUCAACGGGCUAUUCAUAAGUGGCUUCCGAGGCGAGCUAUCCCUCGAUGAUCUCUAUCCCCUGGAUGAGGAACUCUUGACUAAGUCUCUCAUUUCCCGCGGUGAUCAGCAAUGGAAAGAAAAACCCACUCGACGGCUAGCACUUUUCCGUAAUAUCAUUCACGACUUGAAAUGGACGGUAGCAGCGGCAGUCGCCCCUCGCCUUUGUUUGAUUGGGUUCAAGUUUGCCCAGCCCUUUCUCAUUAACGACCUCAUCAAUUACGUGUCCGAAAACGGCUCCAGUGAGCUAUCCGGGGUCAAGUAUGGCUUCAUCGGUGCGACAGUGUUAAUCUAUGUAGGGAUAGCAGUAAGCACUGCUUUGUUCAAGCGUCAAGCUAUUCGUUUGGUCACUAUGACUCGUGGAUCGUUAGUUACGAUGAUAUAUGUGAAGACCCUUCGCCAAGCUUCAGGUCGAUGUCAAGAGACACGUUCGACCACCUUAAUGAGCACCGAUGUUGAUCGGAUUGUCACCGGGCUGUUGAACUUCCACGAGCUCUGGGCAUCACCUGUAGAGAUCGUGAUUGCGCUUGUGCUUCUAAGUAGAUCCGUUGGAUACCCCUCGGUCGCCGCUCUGGCUGUUGCUUUGGUGAGCGUACUAGGGUCCUCCUAUCUCGCGCCUCGAAUGCGGCAAUGGCAAAAAAUUUGGGUGCAAGCUGUUCAGGAGAGAGUCAGUUUCACUUCGGUGGUACUCAAAGAACUGCGCCAGAUCAAAAUGUUCGGUGCCGAGUCCGAUAUAGGCCUUAAGAUACACAGACUUCGCGAAUCGGAACUACGUCAAUCUAAGCCCUAUCGAUCAAUGAUUGUCGGUGUGAAUGUUUUGAGCGCGCUAUCGACUGCUAUCACUCCCGCUGUGACAAUAGCCGUGUAUGCCGCUACACAGCUGAAGCUUAGGCUAGAGACACCUAGCACUGAUAUUGUGUUCACGUCCUUAUCCUUAAUUUCACUUCUGACAAACCCGGUAGUGCUAUUAUCGGUCUCAUGGACGAGAUUCACAUCCGCUACUGGCUGUUUCGAUCGGAUCCAAGAAUUUCUUUACAAGGACAACCGAGCGAACGAGGUCCUAGUAGGGGGUGAAUGGGUAGCACCUGAGAACGUUUCAGGAACGAAGCUUAACUCAGUAUCGGCUCAGUCCCAGCCCCUUGUUUGUAUGGCUGACUGUAGCUUCAGCUUGGGCCUGAAUAACCCAGCGAUUCUCUAUGGGAUAACACUGAAGAUAAAGUAUGCUUCAUACACAGCGGUGACUGGCCCUAUUGGCUCUGGCAAGUCAUCCUUACUCGAAGCAAUACUCGGCGAAAUGUAUCUAAGAGAAGGGAGUCUGUCCGUUAGUUCGGUCAAGAUGGCGUAUUGCAAGCAAAAUCCGUGGAUAUUCAAUGGCACACUAAAAGCGAACAUCAUCGGAGAAUCACACGCUGACGAAAAAUGGCUCGAAGAGGUGUUAUAUGUCUGUGCCCUGGAUAUUGAAGCCACAACACUUCCUCUCGGACUUGACACAGUAGCUGGGAGCUCAGGAGCUCAGCUAAGUGGAGGACAGAAGCAGCGAGUGGCUUUGGCCAGAGCAAUCUACGCGAGGCCAUCUUUACUGGUUUUAGAUGACUGUUUUGGCGCCUUGGAUACAGUGACAUCAAGGAUAGUCUUCCAGCACGUGCUCGGUCGCGCUGGCCUGGCUAGAAGGAUGGGUAUGGCUACCAUUCUUGUGACAACAGCAGUGCAACAUUUGAAAGAAGCGGACAAUCUGAUUGUUCUUUCAAAAGACGGUCGCGUGGAAGCUAAAGGGCGUUUCGAAGAACUGGUGAAGAAAAAUGAGUACAUACAGAGCCUUUCUUGUUCAAUAAGCUCCGAAGACAAUAGUAUCGAAGAAGAAAGCGAAGAGAGUGUUUCCAGGCUCGAGGGGGUACAGGAAAUGAGGCAAAAAACCGGAGAGACCGCUAAAAGAGAGACAGUUCCUAACUCACCCCGAGGUGGUGGGGACAUCUCGCUCUACACCUACUAUAUCAGAUCGUUUGGCUGGUGGGUAUUUGGGUUAACGCUGGUAUUCGCAUCUCUAUUCGUGUUCUGCAUUUCCUUUCCGCAGGUUAUGCUGAGCUGGUGGUGUGGCUCAGCCCCCCAAAAAAAUUAUAUAUAUCUCGGUUCCUACGUCGGUAUAUCGUCUAUCGCCAUCAUUGCGAUGGCCGCUUUUAUUGGAUUCUUUUUUGUCUGGGCUGUUCCCAGGUCAGCUGUCCAGCUACAUAGAAUUUUUCUGGACGCGAUCAUGAGAGCACCUUGGCCUAGCGUGGCUCGGAUAGAUACAGGUGAUCUCAUCAAUAGGUUUAGCCAGGACAUGUCACUUCUUGACAUGCAGCUUCCUGUUGCAUUCGGCAUAAGUCUUCAGAACGUUUUGACUUGCAUCGCACAAAGCGCCUUGAUAGCUACUGGAUCAGGCUACAUGUCUGUCGUAAUCCCCUUCUGCAUUAUGGCAGUAUGGACAAUCCAAGCUUUCUACUUGCGUACUUCCCGGCAGGUCAGACUCCUUGAUCUAGAAGCAAAGGCUCCCCUUUACGCCCAAUUCUUGGAAACCACAGAGGGUCUUACAACUAUCCGUGCACUUCAUUGGCAGCAAGAAUUUGCAGAUCAAAAUGCCGAGCUCCUCGACACGUCCCAGAAGCCAUUUUACACUAUGUACUCCAUUCAGCAGUGGCUGCAGGUUGUUUUGGAUCUCCUCAUGGCAGGGCUUGCGACCGUUCUAGUUACAUUGGCUAUUUUUGUGAGCAAGAAGACUAGCUCUGGAGCCCUCGGCGUUGCUCUUGUGAACCUGCUUUCAUUCAACGCAACAUUGACAUCGUUAAUCACGAACUGGACACAGUUGGAGACUUCUCUAGGGGCAAUUAGGGUUGGCCGUGGGAAGGUCGAGUGGAAUUUCGAAGGGUUUCUGCGUCAUAUGGGUAAGUCUUUGUUUGAGCAUCACCUUCGAGGCAAGUCAAUUGAACCAAGGACUAAGAUUGCUCCUAGGGGACAUGUUUCCACCCCUGUAUUGCGAAGUGUCUCAUUUAGCCUAGAGGGCGGCCAGAAACUAGGUAUUUGUGGGAGAACCGGAAGUGGAAAGAGUUCUUUGCUUGCUUGCUUUUUCUCUCUCGUGACGAUCACGUCUGGCGAAAUCUUCAUUGACGGUGUCGAUAUCUCAACUCUUCCCAAAGAGAAGCUUCACUCUGCAUUGGUCCCAAUUUCUCAAAAUCCAUUAGUUAUUCCCGGUUCAAUCCGUGAAAACCUUGCCUUGGGAAUAACAUCAACUAUCGAUGAUUCAGCGAUGGUAUCUGCGUUGAAGGAAGUCGGACUUUGGUAUCAGAUUCGAGACCAUGGUGGCCUGAGUGCGAACAUCGAUACAACUAAUCUAUCCAAUGGCCAAAGACAGAUUUUAUGCAUUGCCCGUGCUAUUCUAUUUCCUGGUAGGAUCAUCAUCGUGGAUGAGCCUACGGCCGGAUUUGAUGAACAUACCGAGAGAUUGGCCACGGGGCUUCUUCGUGAGAAGCUGAAAGGGCGGACUAUAAUCUCAAUUACCCAUCAAAUCAAUACUGUGAUGGACUCGGAUCUGGUCAUGGUCAUGAAGCACGGUACAGUAUCUGAAUUAGGAGCACCGCAAGAGCUUUUGAGUAGGCGGGGCAUGUUCUGGCAGUUGUACUCGGCAAAGACAACAUAG